AUGCAUUCUUUCUUUACACCAACAAGGACAAGCUCAUCUUUCAAUCCUUCAUUUUCCCAUCAUGAGAGAUUUGCGAGUCGUUUGGUGGCCGACACUCCAUCGCCUUGUCCACAGAGCCGCUUUGCAGGAUCAGAUUGGCUAACAGACGAUCUUGCAGACCACGUUGUCCGCAACGCACGCUCCUUUGCUGCGCGCUCUACACGUUCGCUCGCCACGUCUGACACUCUGCACCCUCCUCCUACGGAGCCGCGCCAAUUCAGUGCACCCGUGCUGACAGAGAUCGACCCAAACAACCAGAACCUGCGCCCUGGACUGACUGCCAACCGUUACCGACCCUCUCCAACUCCAUCACUGAAGAAGCGCAAGGCCGAGCGAAUUCUUAAGGAUCAUGGCUCUCCUCCUGGACUUCGCGUCACCGCUGGAGGUCGUAUCGUUCCAAGUGACCAAUCUCCCCUCUGCAGUCCUCGCUACGGCUACAGUGCCAUCAAGAAGAACGGCAUGCUCAUCAAGUUCGGUCCGAACUUCCCCGCUCCUCCUGGUGGCAUUCCCAUGCAGAGGAUGGGCUUGCCCAAUGGCUUCGUGGCCCAAGAUCCCGAAGGCAGACUCUGUCAGAUGGUCGAUGGCAAGUUCCUGCCCGUUGAUGAUGUCGAUGGCAUUCCUCAGCUCUACAUCGCCGCUCCCAACUUGACUGGCAGCACCGGCUUCCCUGCCAGCGAGAAGGAAGCAGCUGCUGGCUCCACGCCCUUCGACAACUCGACCAGACAGCAGCAACCUAGCCAGAGCUUCGACAAUGCCCAUCAAACUGGCACAGCAGCCAAGCAAACCGCCAUGAAACAGCCAGUCAUCAGUGUCGCCGCUCAGAUUCAAGCUCUGGAGAAGCAGUACAGCAAGCUGGAGCAGGAGUCAAAGGAUCUUGACAAGGUCGAAGUCUUGCAGCGCAGCUCAAUGAGUUCCAAGGCGUACGCUCAGCUUGUUCAGAACCGUCGUGACCUCGUCGGCCGCAUGAACUCGAUCCGUGUCAGCAUCAAGUCUUUGCGUGAGGCCAAGUCUUCUACCGACCACUCCCCUCAAACUGUUGCUCAGUCCAUGCCAUCGCAGUUCAGUAUGCCACCUUACGGACCAACAGCCAUGAUGGGACCAGCAGGGCCUAUCCCUGAUUGGGCCUUUGACGGCAUCGCCCCCGAGGCUCACAACAUGCCUCCCUUCCACGGUGCUCCCAUGCCUCAUGGACUGGGAUAUUAUGGCCCACCACCUCCUGGUUACCCUGGCGCCAUGGCUCCGUACCCAGGCAUGUUUGGUACAAUGCCUCCAAUGUUCAACAUGAUGGGAAUGCCUCCUGUUGAUGCGUUCGGCAACUUCAUCCCCAGUGUCACCAACGUGGAUUCUCAAGCCUUCUCCAAUGGCAGUCCACCUGCUCCACAGGCCAACACAGCGCACGAGACUGGACCCGGCAACGGCAGAGCAGCAGAGAAGACCUCGCAGCAGGACUCUCCACGCAGAAAACAUGCCUUGCAGAUCAAGAACCCUGAGAACAAGUCCGAGUCGAGCCAGAAGUCGGCACUCAAUCCUAUGAGUCCCAGCUACCAGCCUGCCGGAAAGUCUACACCUGCAUCCAAGGUUAUCCCAACUCGUGCCGUAUCUCCAUCGCCUGCUCUUGCCGAGGCUGUCAGACAGCACAAUGCGUGGGUGACCGAAUCUGCCAAUGCCUCCGCCACCAACUUGAACUCUGCAGGUUCUCAGCGCAAGCUUCGUUAUGAAUCAUCCUCGUCAAGCUAUGCUACUGCCGACUUCUUUCCCAACAACCCUCGCGACCAUUCGAUGAGGAAAGAGGCCUACCCUGUUGGGCAUGAUCGCAAUGCAAGCCGCAGCAAGUUGGCAGAACGCCCUUCGGCAUCGAGUGAGCAGCCCGUCACUCCAGACAAGGAGAAUCAGGAUCCGGGAUGGAACUUCGCUCCUGUUGCCAGUGUUACGACACCACCAUCCAUGCGCGGUCACGUUGUUGACCAGCCAGACACUUCAGAUGUCGGCAGCAUGGAUCCUGUUCAGAACCGCUCCGAGAUGAACGUGAGUCCCAAGAACCGUCGUUCGGACUAUCCCUUGAGCUACAAGUCUGUCAGUGAGGUUACCACACUCGGCUCUGGCCUUCCUUCACCUGCCGUCGGCUCGUCUCACCGCAUGCAGUUACAGCAAUCCAAGCCUGCUCCAUCAAUUGAGUCUCUUGGUUUUGAGGAAGCCACCUACAUGGCUGGGUUCAAGGCCGGCAAAGCUCGCCUGCCUGUCGGUCUUGAGAAGAACGGUCGUUGGCUUGAUGGUUACUGUGCUGGCCUGCUCAAAUCAGCUCAGUCGACUGCCGCUCAAACCCCACCCAAUGCCCCAGCUCCGACUCACGCUGAUCCAGUCAUUGUCAAGCCUUAUCUGCCGUCAGGACAGCAGGACAUUGUCUCGCAGCGUGCUGUUCCUGCUAUCAAUGUGAACGCAACGUCAAUGAAAACUCUCAAGGAUGCCGUCUUCUCGGCUCAGAACGAGAACGCCGUUCUCACUCCGGAUCCCAAUGGACCUUGCGUCAAUGACAUGGCCGCCUUGCAUCUCGGAAGCUGGGCAAAAGCUCAUCAAGGACCCUCAGCUAUUGAGUCUGAUGCUGUUCUUGCAUCUGUACGCAAUGGUGAGACGGUCUUGCCUGAUCGCACCUCUUCCACGAUGCAACGUCAGGUCUCAGGUACCGAUGUAUCGACUGAACACCACCGCACUAUCAUGCCAUCCACCCAGACAACCGGUGUCAUGAUGGAGCGUGAGAGGGCUCAUAUGACUCAGGACCGUCGCGCUACAUCCGCACAGAUGCAAUCAACUGGUGGUUCCCCAACAGCCUACUUUCAGCGAGUCUACCCAGCUCAUCGUGUCAUGAGCUCGCAGCUCGAGUGGAAAUCAGGCUCUUCGAUUGCACAAGUUGCUGGUCUGGCCACUGGCUACUUCGCACAGUACGACGGUACGAGAACAGGUGCCAACACUAUUGGAGACAGACAGCCGCUGACUCAGAUGUCUGGUAACACAGGCAUGGCGAACCACGAUACCAUGUCAGGAGCAUUGCCCGAGAAGAAGCAGCCCGGCAUGCCGACCAAGUUCACCGAGGAACCCAUGACUGUCGACGUCAAAGCAGGCAGCCCAUCGUCGUCGCCUGGCAAGAGAUCGCCCACUAAGGGCUCUCCAGCCAAGGUCAAGUUCGCACAGAUUGCUGGCAGAGCUGGGAUCAAAGUCCGCAGCGACAGCAGAGACGAGCAGGAGGGCGAGCCCAGCAGCCCUCAGGAGAAGCGUCGCUGGAGAGAUGUUUGGACAAAGAGGUUCACCGAGACUGGCAUCCGCGAAGGUGAGCAGAAGCAAGGUGGUCGUCCAUGA